AUGAGUAAUAUAAGUAACAAUGAUGAAAAAGUGGAAGAUAUCAUAGCUGAAUCUCAUCUAAAUAUUGAAGAUAUUACAGAUAAAUAUUUAGUGGAUAAUUGCAAGAAUAAUAGGAUAAGUAUAGACAUAAAGCUAGCCGACUCUAUAAUAUCACGAAAUAUGAGGUCUAUUGCAAUUUUAAUCAUUAAGAAUUGUAGUUUAAUAUCUGGUGAAGCUUUCUGGUCCUUAAUAUUCUGGAAUAAUGGAGACUUAUUAGCAUUGUCACUUCAAAAGUCAACACAUUUAUCAACAAUAGUAUUAACUAGUUCUUUGAAGGAUAUGAUUUCAGAAAGUGGCUCUGUAACAAUUUAUUCUAUUAUAAAUAUACUGAGACAAAUGAAUGAGUGGCUUGAACUACAUAUAUAUCUCCCGAAAUCUUUAAUAAGAUCCAAUUCAUCGGAGAUACCUCCAUUGAAAAAUAUAUUGAUACUGUACUCGAUUACAGUAGAAUCUAUAUAUCCAUUCUUUCCUUCCAUGCUGUCCAUAAAAACUGACUAUGGAGGAAAGCUACAGGUUGAAUUAUCCAGAGGUUUUGAAUUGAUAAGUAGAGGAGCUGAAGUGACAAAGGAAAAUAAGAGAAUAUGGUCUAGAUUUAAAAUUGUUGAAGAUUCUCGAGAUAAAUUUCUUAAUGAAGUAUUAGGUAGUAUUGCAAAUAAAACUAGCCAGAUACCCGUUAUUCAACAUAUGAAAUUAUCUCUAGAGAGUAUUUGA